UCUCUACCACGGUGUUGUCCGUGUUAUCGUCUUUCAACUUUAACCCUUUCACAGUGUUUCCACUUCAAAUCAAAGUUAAUUGCAACAUUUCGGUCGACUAAUAAUGUUUUAUUCAGCGUUCAGUUGUUUUAUUGACUAAAUUCUACCGUCUGUAACCGCUGACUCCUCACUCUUAAAGUGAUCGACAGCUGCUUCAGCAGCAAAAGGCCUUUCUGUCGAUCACCCGGUCCUAAAGUCAGGACUCAAAUAGUCUGUCGGGACACAUUUUGACCUUUUGUCGGGGCUAAAAAAAAAGUUUGGCCUCAUUUUGAAGCGGAGCAUCUCCGUGUUACAUUCCAUACUGACAGUCAGGGUUUGACACAAGACGGAUGGAUCCCUGUUUCUGUUCUUCACCACCAUCUUUGAGAGAUGGAGAGAGAUUAAACUCCUCUUCAUUUGGGAGUGAAGAGGAAGACACACACUUUUCUAGUUUUCAUUAUUGAUUAAUCUGCUGGUUAUUUUCCUAAUUUAAUCAAAUAAAUUCCAUAGCUCAGUUUAGACUGGAGAGAAGGUGUUUCAAAGGCUUCAAAAUCUGACUACCGGCUCACCGACUAACACGUUAAAUGCCAAGAAAUAGUCCCGAACGUGACCCCUCGUUAAACUUGGACAUCUGUAUGUUUUAAGGAUGCUAGUAGGGCAGAUUUAGUCAACUUUUGAGGGAGCCAGGCUAACUGUUUCCACUCUUUAUGCUAAGCUAAGCUACGCUAAACUAAGCUUAAAGUAUAUGAGAGCGGUGUCAAUCUUCUCAUCACUUUUGCAAAGAAAGCAAAAUGUCAAACUGAACAAAACCACAAACAUACGGAGGGGGCGGGGUGGGGUGCUAAAGGUGAGUGUGUGUGUGUGUGUGUGUGUGUUAGAGAGUGAACGUGAGUGUGUACGUGUCUCUGUGCAUGGUGUGACAGACAGACAGACAGACAGACGAGAGUUUGACAGACAGGUAAGAUAUUGAGAUUUCGUACGUGCACACAUGCACACACAAUCUCAGCCGUUUGUCAGCAGACAGUUCCCCUGCGGACGUGUGUUGACCCACUAACACACAGACACACACACACACAUUAAACCAGUCUCACACACACACACUCAGUCACGUUCGCAUGUCAUCGCUGACAAAGUAAGAUCACAACAUUCUUACUCUGCUGAGCUUAAAAUCCGCGAGCUUAGAGCACGACUUGACACGGCUUUACGGUUUCACGCUGACUUACUGCCAAGCCCUCGUGAACACAUAAGUAUCUGUUUUACCACUUAGAGGAUUAGGUCACCCUCAGAAUAGUUAGUAAUAAUGAUAAUAUUAAUAGUUACAUAGGUGUAGCCGUGCUUUCACCUUUAUUCACUCGGCUGUUGAGACGAUGUGUCGGAUCUAUUUUACGUGAAUCUUUGAGUUUUUACUGAAAAUAACUGCAGAACCGUUGCACAGAGAUACAUGUAUGUCUGAGGUGUCCUGAUCAAUGAGUGGAGUUAAGAUAGUACAAGUUUGUAGUGAUCUAGCGCAGUCCUCGACCAAAGAAGUUCUUCGUCGACUAACACUCACACAAAACUACCACUUCAGAUCCUGUGUGUACCAGAGAUGUGUUCAUAAGUUUCUUGGAAAUAAGUCAUUAAUCUGGAAAAACAUUAAAAACGUCGGCUGGAGUAAAGAAAGCGUAGGUCGACUGAGACCAGAACGACGGAUGAGUGGACUGAGAGGAGCCUCAUUGCUCUCUCUCUCUUCUCCAUCAUAACUUCAGCUUACCUGAGAUGACUUCAUCCCACAGUGGAAGCCCCCUUCAGCCACCGCCAUGUAUUCACUGAGACACACAAAGCGUUCUGAUUUGUGGUCUGUUUGGAAGGUUACAGUAUUUGCGCUGCACACACUCUCUGUGUGUGGCUGCUUUGCUUAUCUUCUCCAGUGUGUGUGUGUGAGUGUGUGUGCGUGUGUGUGUGUGUGUGUGUGUGUGUGUGCUCGAGGUGGUUGAGGUUCACUGAGAAAACAUGCAAAGAAUUUCCUACAGAAUUCUGAGGUCGAGUGUGUGUUUUAGGGAAAAUUGUGUUGCCGAAACAGCCUUUUCUUUCUCUCUUCUCACACACACACACACACACACUCGUCAGAACAAAUACCCACAAAUACCAAAAUCUCUCUUUGGCAAACACUCCCCUGAUAGCGCUCUCCCUCUCACACACACUGCGUGUUUGUGUGUGCAGACUUGAGCGCAGGCGGCUUUUUUUUUCUGGGAAAAAUAACAAAGUGGGAUUUCGACAUUUCCCUCGCUGCGGUCGGGCAGUUUACAGUGAACGUGGGUUCUUGGCUGUGUAAUGGCUGCUUUCCAACCUUAUCUGGAGACACGUAAACGCUCGGUUUUAGCCAAUUAAGUUCAGUCUCCGUGUCCCUCCUUCUUUCAUGAAGUGUAUGAUGAAAUGUUUUUGGCUGAACGUGGAUGUUUAGGAGGUGAAUACAUCUUUAGAUGGAGACAGAGAGAAGGUUCUCCAAAUGUGGACCCAACUCCUGCUUUGUGUUUUAGUCUUAAUCACAGUGACUUUCUCACUUGUUUUGUGAUCGACAUGCAGCUCGAUGGUCUUUCUCUGCAGCCUGCUGGAUGCAUGUGUUCCACUGACACACGGCUGUGACUUUACCUUCGUGCACACGUGCAGAUGGUCUAUAAACGCUGCACGUAUCCUGCAGUGCUGUCGGGUUCUGCCGCUUUAAAAGAAGUCCACUCAGGUUGAGAGCGAGUUUAACAUCCUAUUGAGUGACAGAAGGCGGGAGAAGCCGCUGUGAACGGGCUGCUGAUGGAUGGGUGAACGUCUCCUGGAUGCCCGAAGGCUCUUUGUAGCUGAGCUCUGUGUCACGCAGCAGCUCCUGUCUGAGUGGAAUGCUGACUGAGUGACUGAAGGAGGACAAGGAGGCUAAAUGAAAGAGAGAGUGGUAGAGAAGGAAAACUAACGAGAGGAGGAAGAAUGAGAGAGGUGAAGAGGCGACGAGGAGGAGGAGCCAGUGCAGCAUGAAAGCAUGGUGGAGGUAGCAAGGUAGCUAGCCGCUAGUAGUUUAACUUAAACUACUUAGUCAGUUUCCUUUAUCAGGAAUCAAUGGACACCCUGCAGCCAAUCAGAGUUGAGUAUUCACCUAGCUCAGGGUAUAAUGAUUCAUAAACACUAGUUAACAUGUCAGAUGACGUGCUGUUCUUCAGGAAUGAGACAGAAUGUCCUCGUGCACUGAUAGCAGCCGGAUGUCACAGAGACAGGAACACGCAUCUGCUCUGUGAUCACAAACAGGUUCAUUGUGUUAGAGACGACCGGCUACGCUCACCCCCCCUCAAUGCCUCCAGAUACCUGCAGACUCUAGUGGUGUCGGCCAUGUUGGAGGCAGCGAGGGAGGAUCACAGAUAGAUGAGACAUUUGUUCGUUCAUGUUUGCUUAUGUAAGUGUAACUGUUAUGGAUAGAAGAGCUCAACAUUACCCAUAAUCCAAUGUGGCCUCAGGCCUCUCAUCAUGAGUACAUAUCUGUGAAACCUGGAGGUUAGUGCUGCAGUUGCUCUCUGGUGACACUUGUUAAGGGAUUAGCUGAGCCUGCUGUAGUUAUGCAACAGCUCUCAUCUCCCAUCGUCUGUCAGCUGAAAUGUUUUCCUCUCAUAUUUUUAAUCCCAAAUUUGUCUAUUUUUAUUCCUUCAAACACGUGACAAAGAACAUCACAGUGCUCUGAAACAACCUGGUUCAAAUAUAAAUCAACUUGUUCUUCACAGUUUAUCGAUAGAAAAGAGACAAAUGACACUUUAUACUGGAAAAUUCUCAAAACAUUUCAGAUUACUUCAUUUCUCGUAGAUAAAAAAGACUUUUAUGAUUUCAUAAUGAGCAGAAAACUCUUCCCCGUGCAGCCUGGUUGUGUGCUGUUAGUCAUAUAAAUAUAUAUCUGGCAAACAUGGCGGCCCUACAGAGCGUGUUUGUCUCUGCCGUGUUUUCCAAAAGUGUCGCAGCAAAAAAACAUUCAUGAACCCGACGGACGGAUUCUGGUGGAAAGUUUCCACGAGUGGAGGAGGAUGUGACUCCCAACGUCUCCGAGUGGCCCCGCAGGCUGUUUGUGUCGGAGCGCGUCACGAGUGUGUGUUUAGUAGAUUCAGUGUGUUUAGUUUAAAAGAUCUCUUAGAAGUAAAGCCGGCACGUUUCAAACCGACUCUUUAAGAAAACAGUUCAUAUUUGAAGGAUGUGUUAUUCCCUCUGUGGCAUGAGACGAUGUGUCGUUGGGGUGUUUGUUCCUGAAUAUGAUGAUGAAUAGAAGUCAUGUGCAUCAUGUCAGCAGACUUAGCUACUGUCACAAACUCCCGUUUCUCUGUGUUGGUCUUCCAACAAAACAUUGGAAGCCAGUACAUGAUGUCAUAUAUUAUCAUCAGGACGAUGUCCAGGACCCAGAGUUUGAUGUCUUGUUGGAAUGCAAAUACUCGAGUAGUUGGAGGGCAAAUGAACAAACACAAAACCUUUCUCAGGAUGAAGAUAUGGGACUCACGACGUUGGACCCUGAGGGUUCAGGGCUUACGGCCUUUGGGGGGACACUGGGGUUGGGUCUUUAUUUCAAAUCUGCUCCUCCAGCCAUGAAGAACACAAAGAAAGGGUCAGCAGCUCUAAACCAGGCGGUGUUUCUUCCUCCCUGCAGGUGUGCGAGCUGGUUCACUUCCUCAUCGAGAACUGCAGCGCCGUCCUGGGAGAAGACGUCCCGUCGCUGUUCAGGAGCUUCAGCCAGAAGAGCAGCAGCAGCGACCACGGAUCAGACGUGUCGUCCUUCCAGAUGAACGACUCGUCCUACGACAGUCUGGAGAACGAGCUGAACGACGACCCCGAGUCUCCCUUCCAGGAGCAGCCGCCCCUGCGCGACAAGGACAAGCCGGACAGCCGCAGCCGCGACUCCGUCAUCACCCUCAGCGACUGCGACCCCGAACCGGAUCACGACGGCGACCUCCUCCUCCAGCUCCCCCCGCUGGCCAGAACCCGGAGGUUCAACCCGGCGGUCCGACAGCCGCGCACCCGCCAGGCCAACGGGCCGUCGCAGGGCCCCCGGAGGCUGAGGAGGAGCUCGGAGCCCGCCUUGGCCCUGGCGAGUGCUCCGUCCUCGGGCACGAUGGCUGUUCACGCCGAUAAACACCACCUUCCGGUGAGGAAGGCGAGCUACGAUGACGCCAUGGAGGCGGGUGGGGGGGACGAGGUGUUCCUGGAGCAGAGGCUGAGCGGGCUGCAGCUGAAGGAGGAGGAAGAGGACGGAUGCGAGAAGGGAGGAGCCAAAGUCCAGAACGGCGGGCGGAGGAAGACGAAGCACGCCCCUCCGCCUCCGCUGCGGCUGGAUGCCAGCUGCUCCAGUCUGUCGUCACCGGCGACCUCACCCACAGGCUCCUCCCUCAGCUCUUUAGACUCCGCCUUCUCGCAGUACUCCACUGACUACGCCACCAACGGGGCGCUUCCAUUGGCUGAGCCCACUCCUCUCUCCCCUCUCUUCCACGGACAGCCCCAGCUGUCGACCAGAGACUCCCCCCCUCAGAGGGAAGCCCCGCCUCAUUGGCCUCCGCCCUCCCAGACACCGCGGACCAACCACACCCCCCCACACCAACACGGUCUCCACCCGAACACGUGGUUCAAGAAGGACCGCCGCUUGUCCCUGAGACAGUCCGAUAACGGACACUCAGAGGAGGACUUGCCGGUGGUAAACGGGAAAAGCCUCCCGACCAGUAACGGCUUCCAGGACGCCGCGGCCACGAACCGAAACUGCCGACGGAGAUCCAGCAGCCCUCCGUCCUACCAGCAGGCUCUGAUGCAGCUGCAGCGCAACCGCUCUCCUUUCUACAAGGGCACAGAGAAACCCCUCACGAUCAGAGAGCUGAGGCAGAUCCACGACCAGACCUGCACCCACGGAGCCCCGGUCCCAGACUCCCAGACAGGAAGCGAUGUUGUGCAGCGUCUAGCCAGAAACGAGUGGGUGCAGCCCCCACAGGGUGUUUUCUUCGGACAGAACGCCACCGCUCUGGUCCUCCGGAGGCAAAACCCUCUAACUCCGUCCAUGGAGGGACACAAAGGGAGCCAGACCCUCCCCCGCCGAGCAUCCGAACCCGCUGAGGUCACCGCGAGCUCCAACGCCUCCUCCAGCCUCACGCUGGGCAGACCUCGCACCUCCAAAGGUCAGUCCCAAGACGGCGGCCUGCGGGUGUCCGAGGUGGAGCCCAACCACGGCGAGCCACGCUUCUGCCUGUCUCCCUCCGCCACCCGGGCCGUGCGGGACUACUUUUCCUCCCAGGGGCAGGAGGAUGCGGACUCCUGCCUGCGGAGGAGUCAGGAGGUGGCGCUGGCCAUCGUGCAGGGGAAGAGGGAGUGGCGGAGCAGGCGGUGCAGCGACCCGCGAGUGGACGACUUCGACCAGCUGUUUUUUGCAGAAGAGUCGUACGUGUAGAUAAGAAGACUGACUGUGUUCACUUGUAAACGGUCUUCAUUGCUGAUGUGAUUCUAUUUCCCCAUGAACUCUUUUCUGUUUCUAGCUCUGUACAUAACGGGGUUGCAGUUUACUGUUGUGGUGCAUCCGAGGUUUGAGAUUAUAAAAGGUAUAGAUGGACUUCCUGCUUCCACGUUUCACCUCCUUCCAUCGUUUGUGAUUCCUCAGAACAUUGUGACAAACGUUUAGAUUGAAAGAUUCUUAUUUCUUUUUGUAUGUUAAGUUUGAAGCUCUCUCAUGUGUGUGAGACAGUCACGUUGCUUUGAAGCAGUCUGGGAUCCUCCGAUAAUCAUUUACUGAGUCGUGACGGCUGAUUCUGUGAAUUCAUUGCAGAAAGAUGUGAAGAAACAGUUUAAUUGCACAUCUGGAUCCCUAAACAAACAUGAGAGCUGCUCUCACGGUUCCUCUGAGAAAUACUUCUCUCUGGCAAAAUGAAGGAAGAGGAGUUCUUCAGAAAUGAAAGUAAAAAGGAAAAAGAAGCCUUUUAUUUCAUUCUCUGGAAGCUUUUUAAAAAGAUUAUUUUUAAAGACUGGUGCGAAAUCAAAUCCGUGACACAUUGUUGUAGUCAGUUUUUUACAGCUAAACAUUUUAUUAAAAAUUGGACGUAAAACAUGCAUUUUAUUUUACUCCAUCUCAUUGUUCUUGUGCAGAAAGAAGCUCCUCAAUGUCCCACAUGUCUCAGGGGACACAGACGUUUAGUUCUGCCCAUUCGGUCCCGAUGGCUGCUGUAACCUCAUGCGAAUACUAUGAACAUGACUUUAAGCUCCUCCCAUGACUCCUGUGAUGUGAUGAGCCAGAGGAGGACAGUUCAAGGACCGACGUGCAUAUUCAACAAAACACCUUGUUAUGACGUCUGUAAAGUGAAACAUGUUCUGUGAAGCGUUUGUUUGAAUCAGUGAAUCAAUAGAGCCGGUAUUUAUUCACACGAGCCGAGUUUCCAGACACACAGCAGACAGCGUUGUCCUCUGUAGCUCUGGGUUAUUUCGGGGGGGGGGGGGGUGAUCGAUGUGUGCGCAUAAAAGAAAGUCACGUGUCCUGAGCAGGAAUGUGAGAAAACAUGAAAACAUGUGCCAUUGAGUGGGUGUGUGUGUGUGUGUGUGUGUGCAUGCGUGCGUGUGUGUGUGCGUGUGUGUGUGUGUGUGUGCGUGCGUGUUGAAUUCACAGUUGCUCUAACUGUUGUAUGUUUUUCCAUCACUUGAUGAUAUUUCUGCUCCAGUGCAGAUGUCUCUGAGGUGACUCUGAGCAGUAAAUAACCUUAUUUCACUCUUCAUUGAUUGGCUGAUGAAGUGUGUAAAUACUUGUAGAUAAUAUAUUCUGAGCACAAACUUCUUCACGAGUAUUAACAGUGUUAUUGUGAGCUAGACUUCUCCACACCGCAUCACUCACUGCAAUAAGGUCAUCGUCGUGUUAAAUGCUCUCAAAACGUCCUUUUAUCCUCUAUUAUUAAUAGUAUACUUGUUGUCUCCAUUACAGUGAAUUGUGUGUAUAGUUCUGCAUAUUUAUGAUACAGAAAUAUAUAAAUAUAUAUAUAAAUAUAUUACCUUGUUACUUCGGUAUGUUGUGUUGUGUGAGAAAAUCAAAAGUGUAUUUUUCUACAUUCUGCUGCUGCUGUCUCUAUAGAAAGUAUAUUUGCUAUGAAACGCACCAUCUGUAUAUUGUGUACAUUUGAUGUCCGACGCUCACGAGACCAAAAUGUCAUUGAUUUUAAUAAAUGUUGCUCUUGGGAAACGA